AUGGCUGUUCUCACUCCAAAUGAUAAGGAAAAAAUUAAACGAGCUAUUCCAAAGGCGAAUAACAAAAUUAUAGAUGCUACGGUAGCUCGAUUAUACAUAGCCUAUCCUGAUCCCACCAAAUGGGUUUAUACUGGAUUAGUUGGAGCUGUUGCAUUGGUAGAUGAUUUGGUGGGUCAUACAUUUUUCAUUAAAUUAGUUGAUAUCAUUGGGAACCGUGGUGUUAUAUGGGAUCAAGAGCUAUAUGUAAACUUUGACUACAACCAAGACCGGAAGUUUUUCCAUUCCUUUGAAAUCGAAGAUUGUUUAGUUGGUUUAUUAUUUGAAGAUUCUACUGAAGCUGCCCAUUUCCAUAAGAGAGUUACAACACGUCAAAAGCAUGGAUCAAAACAAACUAUUUCUAAUAAGAAUGCAAUUGCAUUAAAGGCAAGAGCAGGUCCAACCGAUGUUAAGAAAUCAGGUCCAAGAGGUGAAGUUAAUGAUAUUAGUUCUGGUCAAAGAUUAAGACUUAGUAAAGGUGUAUUAUAUUACGAUGAUGUACCACCACCCGAAUGGCGUGCAUUAUAUGCUGAAUUAGAAGCUGCUGGUAUAAGCGAAGAUAUGAUUGCUGAUAAUAGAGAGUUUAUUAAAGAUUAUAUAGCAAAUCAAGGUGGUCCAUUAGUUGGUCUAGAACCUCCUAUUCCUAGAAGAUUUCAAAGAAAGAAUGAUCCUGCUCCGGUUGUUCAAGCUACUCCAUUAAUACUGAAAUCAUCCAAAGCAAAGAAACCACCUCCACCUCCACCACCACCUGGUGCACCAAGUCCUAGUGAUAAUUCGAGACCAUCACCUCCACCUGCAUACAACUCAUAUGAUUCAAGUCAUGCUUCCCCAGCACCACCAACACGGGCUCCAGAACCAGAACAUGAACCAUCUCCAGAGCCAUCUCCUGAGCCUGAGCCUGCUACUCCUGCUAAACCCCGAUUCCGUUUACCACCAGCAAAUGCAUUUGCUCCACCAGUUACAAACACAUCACUCCCACCCCCACCUCCACCAGGACAAGUUUCUAAUGGUUUACCACCACCACCUCCUUCAGGUGCAAGACCAAUACCACCACCUAUGGGACAACAACCACCACCACAAGCGUUACCACCUCGAGCAGUCCCACAACCAUAUGGUCAACAACCUCCCUCACAACCACAACAACAUCAUUUCCCUAUACCGAUACCUCCCAAUGCUAAUAGAGCAGUUCCACCUCCUCCACCUGGUAGAGGUAACGUUCCACCACCUCCUGCUCGUGGAGGUGUACCACCACCACCUCCUCAAAGAGGUCCAAUGCCAGCCCCACCUCAAAGGACUGGUGCUCCACCACCACCACCUCCUCCAAGAGCUGCUAGAGGAGCUCCACCUCCACCACCGCCACCUAGAGGAAGAACUAAUCCUGGUUUACCACAACAGCCUCCAGCUCCUGUAAUGGGUUAUAACUCUCCACCACCACAAGUUACUUACCCUCAAGCAAAUAUGGUUCCACCACCACCACCAGUUUCAUUCCCUCAAGCAAAUGCUAGUAUUCCACCACCACCACCUGCACCUCCAUUCGCAACUGCAGGUGCGGGUGCCCCACCUCCUCCACCACCACCUUUCCCAACAGCUGUAACAGGUGGUCCACCACCUCCUCCACCUCCUCCAAUGCCAUCUUUCCCUGCUGCAGGAGGUCCGCCUCCACCACCUCCUCCAAUGCCAUCUUUCGCAGCAGCACCUCCACCAGUGGAAGCUCCAACUGGAGAUGUUAGCCGUGACGCACUUUUGGCCUCCAUUAGAGGUGCAGGUGUCGGUGGUUUAAAGAAAGUUGAUAAGAGUCAAUUAGAUAAACCAAGUGCAUUAUUGAUGGAAGCUAAAGGAGAAGCUCCUCCUGCCUCAGCAUCAGGAACUCCUGCUCCUACAGGUCAGCCAGCAAGUUUGGCAGAUGCAUUGACUGCAGCACUUAGUAAGAGAAAAGGUAAAGUUGCUCAAAGUGACGACGAAGAAGAUGAUGAUUGGUGA